CCAUUGACUUUUUAUUGAACUAUUUCCAUUGUAUAAAUUAGGUUUAGAAUAUUCAAUAAACAAGAGAGGAUACUUUUAGCUAUUUUAAAAUUGAAACUUCCGAUAAGAUAGGAGAAAGGAGAAAGAUGAGAUGAUUCCAAUUCCAUCCUCUCUUGAGAAAGAUCUCAAAAACCCAACUUGUGGAGCGACAGCGCGCAUGCGCGAGCUACUCCGUUUUGUAACAGUAUACGUGGUGUCCGCCGCGCAAUAACAUCUCGGUGGCACGCCGUGUGUUUGGAGAAAAACGAGAAAGAAAAGUGUCCUUGUAACGACACGUCGAAUUUAUCAUGACGAGACUCGAAAAUUCUUUGACUCACAACAUAUGCUCAGUAUGAAGCAACAGCAAUCAUGGAUCAGCUGAUUAUUUUGGUGGCGGCGAUACAUCUGAUGUAUUGCCCGUUCACCAAAGUCGAAGAGAGUUUCAAUUUGCAGGCGAUGCACGAUGUCCUUUAUCACGGCUUCAAUCUGACAGAGUAUGAUCAUCAUGAAUUUCCUGGAGUUGUGCCGCGUUCAUUUUUGGGGCCUAUUGUCGUAUCUGGUCUUGCCUCACCACUAGUUGCAGUUAUCAAUUACCUGAAGCUCAAUAAAUUUUAUGCUCAAUAUAUAGUAAGAGCAACAUUGGGACUGUUGGUAAUAAUUACAUUCAAGCUAUAUAGGCAUGCUUUACAAAACAUCUUUGGGCUGCAGUUUACAAAGUGGUUUGUUAUGAUAACUGUGACACAGUAUCAUUUUAUGUACUAUCUUAGUCGUCCAUUACCAAAUAUUAUGGCUAUGCCUUUAGUGUUACUGGCCUUAUUCGGGUGGUUGAGGCAAAACCAUGUGAUAUUUAUCUGGUCGUCGGCUGCAGCGAUAAUAAUAUUUAGAGCAGAACUCGCCAUGCUUUUGGGAUUAUUUCUUUUAUACGACAUUGCGAACCAGAAACUUUCUGUAAAAAGACUACUUAAAAAUGCAGUUCCAGCUGGUGUAUUGUUCUUAGCACUUACUAUUACUAUAGAUUCAAUAUUCUGGAGACGUUUAGUAUGGCCAGAGGGCGAAGUAUUUUAUUUCAACACUAUUCUUAAUAAGAGCAGUGAAUGGGGUACAUCACCAUUUUUAUGGUACUUUUAUUCAGCAUUGCCGAGAGGUCUAGCAGUUUCAUACUUUCUAGUUCCUUUUGGAUUGUGGGAUGCUCGAGUUCGUGUGCUCACUAGUCCAGCCAUUAUAUUCGUUAUAUUAUUUUCAUUUUUACCGCAUAAAGAAUUGAGGUUUAUAAUAUACGUAUUCCCUCUGCUAAAUGUUAGCGCAGCUGCUAUUUGUCACAGAAUAUGGGAAAAUAGAGCAAAAACAACUUGGAAUGGUUUUUUAGCACUAAUAAUCUUGUGUCAUCUUGUAUUAAACAUUAUAUUCUCCUUGUUUCUAUUAUAUAUAUCUGGUUUUAAUUAUCCUGGAGGCUUGGCGAUUACUAAAUUACACAGACUUGAGAGAAAUUCCAUCAAACCAGUAUAUGUGCAUAUUGAUGUGUUAACCGCACAAACUGGAGUAUCAAGAUUUACACAAAUCAAUGCUUCUUGGAUUUAUUCCAAACAAGAAAAUUUCGCUAUUGAUGAUCCAGAAAUGCUACAGUUUACUCAUCUUUUAAUGGAAGCAAAAAACAAGAACUCGAAUAUAAAGUUCUAUCUUAAAACUUACGAUAUUAUUGAUUCUAUCGAGGGAUAUUCGCAUAUAACAUUAAAUCGUGACAUAUUACCACCUAUUAGAAUUAAGAUGAAACCUAGUAUAUUUAUUAUGAAAAGAAAAUUGAAUAUCAAAUACAAACUUAAUAAUAAAACUAUAUCACAGACUAUCGCAAAGGAUUUUGUAGAUCAAAUAGAUACAAAAAAUAUACUUGAAGAAGAAAUGGAAAACAAACAAGAUGAUAACAAAUCUGUGGAGUCGAUAGAAGAAUUUAAGAAGACAAAAGAAACUGCAAAAAAUAUUUCGGUUAUUAAACUUGAAGAGAUCAAAAAAGAAAAUGAUACAAUGGAAGAUAAAACGGAAAAUUUUAACGAUUUGAUAAACGAUAACAUAACAACUACAGAAACUACUAUUACAUGGGAAACUAAAAAUAUAAAUAAAUUUCUGUCAAAUUUAAAAGAUAAAAAUGAAAAAAAUAUUGAUUCUCAGAAAGAUUUCGAGGAUGUUUCUAAUAUCAAUGAUGUUAAAUUUGACAUAAAAAAGAUUGAAGAAGAAAAUAUUAAAAAAAAAUCUAAAAACCUACGCCAAGAAACACAUGGCAUUAAAGAAAGUGUUAAAAAAAUGAUUCAAGAAAAGAUGCUAGAAGCUAAACAAAAAAGAGAAAUCAACGAACGAAAAAAUAUUGAACUUCCAGUAAAACUAAAAAGAAAAGGUGUAGCAACUGAAUUGCUAAAAAGGAUAGGAAUACUAAAACAGGAAUUAAAAGAACCAUUAAAACAACCGCCAAUUUUGAUAGAUAAAUCAAUAAUGGAAGAAGAAUCUAAGAUUGUGAAAAAACACACAAAAGACGAUGAACUUAGUAAACAAAAGUUAGUUACAACAAAAAAUGUUGCACAAAAAAGAGAUAAAAUCAAAGUAACAAAGUCGGAAAAUCUUAAACAAACUGAAGAUAUAAUAAAAGAAGAAGAUAAAAUUAUAGAUGCGAAGAAGGUUCAGAAUACACAUACAGUUGACCCAGAGAUAUUUGCAACUGAGGAAGAAAUUAUCGAAAAUCAUAAAGAUGAGAAAAUUAAAACAUCAAAAUCAGUGAAUGUGAGAGAAAGCAUAAGAAAUAUAAUAAAUCAAUUUAGAGAAUUUGAGAAAGAGUUCAUACAUGAUGAUAAUGAUUCAAUAGCAAAUGAUACAAGCAACGUAAAUCAUAUUGAAAGCGAUUCGCAUAUAACAGAAAUGAAAUCUGUACAAAAUGAUGAUCAACUAAGGAUAAAAGAUCCUAGAGAAAGUCUUAAAGAAAUAAUAGAUCAAUUUAAAUAUAUUAAGCAUGAAUUAACUUCGGAGGAGGACGAUAAGUUUGAUGAAAUCGCAGCUAAAUAUAUGGAACGUCCAAUCGCUGAAACAUUAUCACAAUUUAAUGAAGCUUUGAAAGCUUUAGUACAACGAAGGAAAAAGACUUCAUCGAAGGAACGUGUAAUUAAUUUGCAUAGUAAUGAAGAUGUUCAUACAUCAGAAAAUGGAGAAAUGCAAGAAGCGCAAAUAGAGUAUGCAAAAAGACGAAGCUAAAACAAAACUCCAAUGUGAUUUCUAAUACAGAUGAAUAUGUCGAUGUGCAAAUUUCUACUGAAGAUAUUUCAUUAGAUGCUCAAAGGUAUGCUAGUAUUUCAAGCAAUAUAAAUAAAAUUGAUAUCACGAAAAGAAAAGAAA